GUAUCGGAGGCGUUUCAUGAUGACAGAGCCCGUGCGCCGAAGCUAUGGGCAGCCGGGAGGUGCUGGGCCAGGCGGCCCGGUUGGCCUCCUCAGGUCUGCUCCUUCAGGUGUUGUUUCGAUUGAUCACCUUUGUCUUGAAUGCAUUUAUUCUUCGCUUCCUAUCGAAGGAAAUCGUUGGCAUAGUGAAUGUCAGGCUAACACUGCUUUACUCGACCACCCUCUUCCUGGCCAGAGAGGCCUUCCGUCGAGCAUGUCUGAGUGGGGCAGCCAAGAGAGACUGGAGUCAGACUCUCAGCCUCCUGUGGCUCACAGUUCCUUUGGGUGUGUUUUGGUCCUUAUUCCUGGGCUGGGUCUGGCUACAGUUGCUCGAAGUGCCUGAUCCUCACGUUGUCCCCCACUAUGGAACUGGAGUGGUGGUUUUUGGCUUCUCAGCAGUGGUGGAACUUCUGGGAGAGCCCUUCUGGGUCUUGGCACAAGCACAUAUGUUUGUCAGGCUCAAGGUGAUUGCUGAGAGCCUGUCAGUAAUCCUCAAGAGCAUCCUGACAGCCCUUCUUGUGCUGUGGUUGCCUCACUGGGGGCUGUACAUUUUCUCUUUGGCUCAGCUUUCCUAUACUACAGUUCUGGUGCUCUGCUAUGUUAUUUACUUUGCAAAGGUAUUGGGCUCCCCAGAAUCAGCCAAGCAACAAGCUCUUCCUGUCUCCAGCAUGACAGAUCUGUUACCCAGUAUGACAAGAAGUAGAGCUUUUGUAAAUUGGGAAGAGGCUAAAUUGACUUGGAGUUUUUUCAAACAGUCUUUCCUGAAACAGAUUUUGACAGAAGGCGAGCGAUAUGUGAUGACAUUUUUGAACGUGUUAAAUUUUGCGGAUCAGGGUGUGUAUGAUAUAGUGAAUAAUCUUGGCUCCCUUGUGGCCAGAUUAAUUUUCCAGCCAAUAGAGGAGAGUUUUUAUAUAUUCUUUGCUAAGGUGCUAGAGAGAGAAAAGGACGCCACACUUCAGAAGCAGGAGGAUGUUGCUGUGGCCGCCGCGGUUUUGGAGUCCCUGCUAAAGCUGGCCCUGCUGACCGGCCUGACCAUCACCGUUUUCGGCUUUGCCUAUUCUCAGCUGGUUUUGGACAUCUAUGGAGGGGCCAUGCUUAGCUCAGGAUCAGGUCCUGUCCUACUGCGAGCCUACUGUCUUUACGUCCUCCUACUUGCCAUCAAUGGAGUGACUGAGUGUUUCACAUUUGCCGCUAUGAGCAAAGAGGAGGUAGACAGGUACAAUUUUACAAUGCUGGCCCUGUCGUCUUCCUUCCUGAUGUUAUCCUAUGUCCUGACCCGUUGGUGUGGCAGCGUGGGCUUCAUCUUGGCCAACUGCUUCAACAUGGGCAUUCGGAUCACGCAGAGCCUUUACUUCAUCCACCGCUACUACCAGAAGAGCCCCCAUAGGCCCCUGGCUGGCCUGUUCCUGUCACCCGUCCUCCUCGGGACAUUUGCUCUCAGUGGUGGCAUUACUGCUAUUUCAGAGGUAUUCCUCUGCUGUGAGUGGGGCUGGCUAGCCCGGCUGGCACACGUCGCUGUGGGGGCCCUCUGUUUGGGAGUGACCCUCAGGACAGCAUUCCUCACAGAAACCAAGCUGAUUCACUUUCUCAGGACUCAGUUAGGCGUGCCCAGACUCGCUGACAAAACGACAUGACCUUGUGGAAGCCCUGUGGCACCUGGACCAGCUGUGGGGUGGUCUUGUGGGUGGAACACGUGUUCUGUGGAGGGGAGCCAGGCCAGGGGUCUGCAGUGCAGUGAGACCAACCCAGGCAGGUGAGUCGUCGGAGCGAACCACCGGACCAAACACUUACCAUCCAUUUGAGGUUUCAGAUAGGAAGGGGUUUCAUUUCUAAGGGAAGACCAAAAAGUUCUUUUAAAAUAGAUACAAUUAUUUUUUUCACCAUUUUGCUGUAAUCGGCAUUUUUCUUUUUGAGUAAUGUAUUAAUUCCUCUUGGGUGUGAUUGACCUUAGGAACUACAUGUCCCACAUAUUCUAUCUUGGAUGUCAAUCGUUAAUAAUCAUCUAGCUCAGAAGGACAGAUAUAGCGACUUUACCCUCCACAGGAGUAUUUACCAUAUUCUAUAACAGCAGGAAGGAGACUUGGUGUUUUGUGAUGUUGUACAACAAAGUUGGCCCUGGAGUUGUGGCUUUCCCCACUGUGGCCUGGCUUUUUAGAGAAGGAGAAAUGUUAAUGAGAAAUCCAAGAAAUGAAGACACAGAGGCUUUUAGCUCACAUUUCCCACAGUUAGCCAGGCGGAGUCAACAUCUGUCCCCUUCAUGACUGUCCUCCCAAAGGCUACCACGUGCCUUCCCACAGCAGGGGCAAGGCGGCUCAUCUCUGGCCUGGCCACUGGAGAGAGGACACUGUGAUCCUUCGUGAGCUGUCUUGUCCCCUGAAGGGAAGCCCGCUUUGCAGUUGGCUGUAAGUUCUCAUGAAGAGGUUAUACAGAUGAUAACUAGAGUUGAGUAGAGGUGUCUUUUUUCCAUUAGAAUAAAAUAGGGUAAAUUCUAUAUGGCAGGUAUCACUGAACCACGCUCCUUUCCGGCUGACCCCUUACUUCCGGCCCUGGUCAGUGCACCUGAAUUCCAGCCCCAGGACAAGGCUGGUAGGCCUCCAGGCCACAGUGUGAGCCCAGGUGAAGGUUUGCCUCUGUGCCCUGCAUCUAGCAGGUGAGGUCACCAGGCUUUGUUAUCAGGCAGCAAGGCAUUUUUCUUCUGUUAAUAUAUUCAUUGAUACCAUUAAUGUAUUAAUUAGAUGUAAUUGGCCUUUGGAGCUACAUGCGCAAACUAUAUCUUGGGUGAUGAUAGUUAAUAAUCACCUAGCCCUGUUGUCCCCAAACCUUCUGUGUUUACACCCAGAGAACAGGGCAGCUUGUAUCAGAUGGCCGUUUGCCUGAAGUACACAAAUUUAAAUCCAGUGACCCAGGAGAAUGGACACAUGUAUAGCUGAGUCUUUUCACUCUCCACCUGAAACUAUCACAGCAUUGUUAAUUGACUAUACUUCAAUACAAAAUAAACUGUUACUUAAAUUUUUUU